GCGGCGAGAGAGCAAAGAAAAGUUAAGAACGUGCCGGGCUGGCGAGGGCGAGGGCAGGGGGGCAGCGAGCGGAGCGCAUCCGAGCGGAACUAGGCUUUUGAGGGCAUCGGACGCCCACCACCGGGGUACCAUGGAGCUGAGAAAGUUUGGCGAAGUCUGGGGAUGCGGUGGCAUCUGGAGGCUGGCGUGCGUCUGCUGUUUGCUGCGCUACUCCUGGUGUUACAAUGUGGACGUGAACCACUCCGUGGACUUUCAUGGACCCCACGGAUCUCUGUUUGGGUACUCGCUGCUGCUGCAUCGACACGGCACUGGAAAGUGGGUCCUGGUGGGAGCUCCUCUGGCCAACUCCACCUUCAAUGCCUCCAUUGUGAAUCCCGGAGCUAUCUAUAAGUGCAGCAUCAUGGACAUCUCGGGGUCCUGUGAGCAGCUCCCAUUUGGGAGUGGCAGGGAGCCAGCGUGUGGGAAGACCUGCCAGGCAGAGAGAGACAACCAGUGGCUUGGCGUGAGUCUGUCGGGGCGGCUGACGGAGGACGGGCACAUUCUGGCUUGCGGCCAUCGCUGGAAGAACAUCUUCUACACUCAGAGAGAGAACCACAAGCUGCCCCAUGGCGUUUGCUACAGACUGCGGUCCGAUCUGACUCAGAUGGGUGGGCCAUUGAUCCCGUGUUACAAAGAUUACCAUCGGAAAUUUGGAGAGAAUUACGGCUCCUGUCAGGCUGGCAUGUCAAGCUUCCUGUUUGAGGAUCUGAUGGUUAUCGGAGCGCCAGGGUCCAAUUACUGGACAGGGUCGGUUAUGGUAUAUAAAACAUCCAACAACUCUUUGAAGGCAUACAACGAUUACGACAACAUGGUCACGUAUGGAAGCUACCUGGGCUAUUCUGUCUCUGCCGGGCAUUUUUUGAGCCCUACAAGCACUGAAGUUGUUGGUGGUGCCCCUCAAUAUGGCCAGACUGGUAAAGUUUACAUCUUUGGUGUCUCGGCCAGCAGUCAGCUGAGGAUCAUCACCCAGUUGAACGGGAAGCUGCUUGGAUCCUAUUAUGGUGCUUCUCUCUGCGCGGCCGACCUGAAUUCAGACGGACUGACUGACCUGCUUGUUGGCGCACCCAUGUUCAGCACCGUUAGAGAAGAAGGGAGAGUCUACGUGUACUUGAACCGAGGAGAUGCUGAAAUGGAGGAGUUGGAAUUCACCCUCAUGGGAAGCAAUUCUUAUUCAGCGCGGUUUGGGGAAACAAUCACAGAUCUGGGGGACAUCGAUAAUGACGGAUUUACAGAUCUUGCUGUCGGCGCACCACAGGAGGACGAUCUGACAGGCGCUGUUUACAUCUACAAUGGCCGGAAGAAGGGGAUCUCACGCUCCUUCUCUCAAAGAAUUACUGGAGAGACCCUUGGACACCCUUUUAAGAUGUUUGGCCAGUCUGUGGCAGGAGGUGUGGACGUGGAUGAUAACGGGUAUCCAGAUUUGGUGGUCGGAGCUUUCUUGUCCGAAGCUGCGGUGGUGUUGAGGACCCGGGCGAUUGUCAUCGUUGAUACUUCUGUGCACCUCCCUGCCACCGUCAACCGCACUCGACCAGAAUGCAUGGAGAACAGACAGCCUGCCGUCUGCAUCAACAUCACUGUGUGCUUCAUGGUCCAAGCCAAGGGCGUUCCUGGUCAUGUUGGUUUGUUGUAUAACGUGACGUCCGACGUCCUUCGGAAGAAAGACCUCCCGUUUAGAUUUUACUUUUUGGGAAAUGGGACCAGCAACAGCACCGCAGGAAGCAUCCAUGUUCAGCACAAUCGUCUGACAUGUGUGACCCACCAGGCGUUCAUGAGGAAAGAAGUCCGGGACAUCUUCAGCCCCAUUCACUUUGAAGUGACCUACCAGCUUGGUGAGCACAUUGUGAAAAGCCAGAAUGCCAGACACUUCCCUCCUCUUAUGCCAAUCCUCCAACAGCAAGAGGGUCAGGACCAUCGUCUCAUGAAUCAGAUCAUGUUUGCUCGCUACUGUGUCUGGGAAAACUGCUCUGCCAACCUGCAAGUGUCCGCCGAGUUUGUCCUACCACAGUCUAUAGCCGGUAAAAGAUAUUUUGCAAUUGGAAGUGGAAAGACAGUGACGCUCAGCAUGUCCCUGUUCAAUGCGGGGGACGACGCCUACCAGACAACCCUUCACGUCAGCCUCCCCAAAAGCCUGCACUUCAUUAAAGUCCUAGAAUCGGAGGAGAAACACAUCAGCUGUGAGUUUCAUCAGGAAGAGCAGCUAAUGAACAAACUGAAGUGCGCCGUCGGCCAUUUGUACAUCAACUCGCUUUCCCAGACAAACUUCGCUCUCCUUCUGGAUGUGGAUAAACAUGUCACCCCUGAGGACCUGCACAUCACAGUCAACGCAACCUGUGAAUGUGCUGAAAACACAAACCUCCUCCAUGACAACCUGGCUACAGCGGUGCUUCCUUUGCGCUACGAGGUGGACCUGGGAGCCCAUGGAUUUGUAUCUCCUUCCUUCUUCACCUUUGGGCCAUCAAAGCAGGUGGUGGACGGCUGUUUCACGGAGACAUUCAACUACACGUUUACCGUGACUAAUUUUGGCCCCAGCAGAGCAUCAAGCACCAUGCUGGAGCUUUCCAUUCCCAACUCUGUGGCAAUGCAGCCAUUCCAGCUGGUGAACAUUGUGGACUUGAAGACUAGCCAAGGAGAGUGCCUCCUUCCCAAACAGGAGCAGAACUGUGAAGUCCAGGACCCUUUCGACUCCCUCACUGAUGUUGUGUUCUUCUUCUCCAAGACCAACAAAAGACUCCUGUAUUGCAUGCAAUGGGACACCACAUGCUUGAACGUCACCUGCAACUUCGGAGAGAUGGAGAGCGGAGCAGUAGCCACGAUACACCUCAUCCUGGAGCUCAACCCAAUUGUGCUAUCCAUAGCUCGGAAUUCUAUUGUACAAAUCAUGACAACUGCCAGAGCGUUUCCAGAGCCGGACCCUUACGUGGUUCAUGUCCAGAGAGAUCACCUUGCGCAGGUUCUUGUCGAAGCUCAUCAUGACGGGAUUCCAAAGAAGAGAGUGAGGAUGUUCUUUCUGCUGAGCAGUCUGGUAAUGGGCUUCCUACUGCUGUUCAUGCUGAUCUACACUCUGUGGAAGGUCGGAUUCUUCAAGAGAAGUUUGAAGAAGCAGGAGGAGCAGCAGUUUCGACGGGAGAGCUGGGACUACGUGACAAAAUCGAAAGAUGUCUACUGAGAAGGUGGACAAACCAGCGGACAUCCCUACGGAGCGCCCCCCUGUGGAGCUGUUUUGAGUGACACAAACUGUGCAGACUGGCGCCCCCAGGAUUUUACUUUUAUUUUUAAAUUUGCACUUUAUGCUGUAUAAGUGAAGGGGCAUCGGGAUGUUCAGCUAACGGACUGUUUACACAAUUUUCCUGUAAAAUUGGAAGAAGAUGAAGAAGAAGAGGAUGAAGAAUUCUUAGUUAUUAUUUUUCUAGAGUUUUCUAAAAUAAAAGGCACUGACUUUUUUAUUUUUUUGGUCACUUUUUAUGAGCGUCACUGGUGGAUUAUUUAGCAACGCUGGCGAUAUCUGCCCACCUUUAAAUGGUUGCCGUUCAUUAUAGGAUGGUUUGUGCUGAACUGUGCAUGUUGGUUUGAGGCUGGCACGUCAUGCCUGGUGGCGUUUUGUGCGUUAGGUGCCCAAAAAGAAUCAUCAGCAUCCUAAUUUAUUUAAAUGUUUAGACUUCUUAACAGUGGCGUUUCGGCCCCGAUGGGUGCCGUCCCACCAGUUUUUGCCAGCAAAAAAUAAAAAUCAUUUAAACGACUUGAAAGGGAAUACUGAACAUUUUAUCAAAUAAAUGUAUUUGGAUUGCUUUAAAUUA